UCGUAAACGACGUAAACAAACACCAAAUUCGCCGGCUGCACUCUCGUUUUCCAAACAACUUUGGCAUAUUUAAGCUACCGAAGGCACUUUUAUCUAAUUAAAUUGGUUCCUGGCGAUCCGAGAAUUCCAGAAUUAUGGUUGUGUUGAGUAGUUUUCGCGAACCGAGCGGAGAAAUUCGCCACAAGGAAGCAAACACGUGCGCCUUUGUGAACGAAAAAGACAUGGGCCCGGGCACACUUUACGUUGCUGAAUCAAUACUGUCGUGGCAAAACGACGCGACCGGAGAGGGAUUCACCCUCGAGUAUCCGCACAUUUCUCUGCACGCCGUCUCGAGAGACGUAACCAAUUUUCCUCACGAGUGUCUCUACCUCAUGCUGGACGCUGACAUUGAAAAUCCAGAACAAAAUGAGGAUGACGACGACGAGGGUGGUGUGACCGAAGUCAGAUUUGUUCCUGCUGACAAAGGAGUUUUGCAGCAGCUUUUUGAAGCUCUCAAAGAAUGCCAAACUCUGCAUCCAGAUCCUAACGACAGUUUUAGUGAAGAUGAAGAAUUUGAAGGUGACGGAGACAGAGGGCUCGAAAUCAUCAAUAACCUGGCCAACCAAAUGAAUUCAAUGAAUAAUGGAAACAAUCACGGAGAUGAAAUGGACACCGAGCCAGGUCAGUUUGACGAUGCAGAUUGAGACAUUCGGGAGGCAAAUAAUAAACAAAAUUCAAGCAUUUUCAUCAUCAUUCUCUAAUUUAGGAAAAAAAUUUAAACCAAAUUCUCAUUGUCUUAAAUAAAAUUAACUUUAAUUUCAUAAA